CCUCCCCUUGACCUACCCAAUUAUCUCAUAUAUAAAGCAUACAGGUUAGUUCUCUUGUAUGCAGUAUUUCUGCUUUGGAAGAAUCCCAGAGAAAAACAAUGUACCUCUUACUCCUGGCUGUUAUUGUUGGGCUUGCAGGUGCAUACCCCUUGGACGAUCAGAAGGAGUGCCAACCUCACUCAAGACCUUGGCAUGUGAGACUGAGUAAUGGAUGCAGCGGAGCUCUCAUUGAUGAAUGGUGGAUACUGACUUCACAUGAGUGCAGUCCAAUACCCUAUGAGACUAUUGCAUCUCUUGGCGAACAUGACAUAAGUGUGGAGGAAGGCAGUGAGCAGCACAUCUUAGUUUCUGAUGUGAUUCUUCACAGCCCCUACCGCUCACCUUUGCACAGCCUCGCUAUGGUGCGAAUGUCUCAGCCUGCUGUCUUUAACAAACAUGUCCAGCCAAUCCCACUGCCCACCCGCUGCCCACAGACCGGAGAGGUCUGCUCUGUCAGUGGCUGGGGCUCCACAGUCGCAAACCAAUAUUACCCCUCCUAUCGCCUCAAGUGUCUAACUGUUCCUGUGGUGGAUGAUAUGACUUGCUUGAAUACCUUCCCUCCAUACCUGUACUGGGGUGUCAUGGUUUGUGCUGGUCAAGCAAACACAGAUAACUGCCUGACGGGUAAAAGCAGCGUGAUGGUGUGUGCUGGUGAACUGCAGGGAUUGACAUGGUUCAAUCAUGGCUGCCAGGAUCCAGAUCACCCCACAGUUUACACCAGGAUGUGUAGUUACAAUAGCUGGAUCAAAGAAGUGAUGACCCAGUAUGCUCCACCAAAAACAACCCCUUCUUCCUGGACUACAUAGACCUGUAUCAGCAUCUAAAAUAAAGUUACUCAUUACAGAAAUUAUAUUGUAUUGUUUACUGAAUGAGACAAGGUUAUAUUCUGUGUAACAAAAAGAUAUUUUGUUUUCUACUGCCAAGUAAAUUUUCUCUGCAGGUUUCAUGUCUUACUGCUUCCAAUACAUUUUUCUUUAUUUUGAUUGAAGUCACAAAAACUUAUUUGAUUUGCAUCACAAGGUUAACACUAAAACCAAUUAAUUAUGUAAUUGUGUUUUUUUUUUUUUUUUUUUUUUACUAAAAAAAUUGAAUCUGUAUUUUAACCCAAAAGUCUGCCUUUCGUUAGGUUUUUUUUAUUUAUUUUUUUAUUAUAAAGUUUUUAACACAAUGAAUGAACAUGUUUAGUGAUCGAAUCUGAUCAUAUGGCUCCACUGAGUUUAAUUCCACACUAGAUUAGCAUUGGUUUAUGAAAGGCCCUAGAAAUAAUGAAAGAUCUCCUUUUAUUUUCAAAUGUUUGUAUCUCUGUUAUGAUAAAGCCCCAGUUUCUUUCUCACUUCACAACAUUUCCUAAAAUGGAGCCAGACUGUUUUUUUCAUUUUAUUUUUUAUUAGCUUGUACAUAUAAUUAAAACAAAAAAUGGUGAAAAAUGUACUAUAUCACUGACACUGCUGCAGUAAGGGGGGUUUGAAAUUACCCCAUCCUGGUUUUAGGAAUAUUGUAAUAUACCUAUAUUCUAGUCUUAAACCAUUACAAUUAUAAUAAAAUCCAAUCUUCCUUAA